CUGGGCUUCAUCCUCGGGCCCCGGGUCAAUGCCGGCGGCCGGGUCGGCGAAGCGAGCCUGGGGGCGCGCCUCAUGAUCACGGCGGACGAGGACGAGGCGGCCAAGAUCGCGCGCCACCUGGAUGCGCUCAACCGCGAGCGCCAGGCCAUCGAGGCGGCGGUGCUGGAGGAGGCCAUCGAGCAGCUCGAGUCAGCAGCCAGUGCCGGAGAGCUUUCUUCGGCACCCCUGGUCCUCGCUCACGACGAGCGCUGGCACGCCGGGGUGAUCGGCAUCGUCGCGAAAGGCCAAAGAAGGGCAUACUAA